AUGAAGUUCGCCAAGGUGCUCCAGCAGACUUUAUUAGAGGAAGAUAUUCCAGAAGAAUGGGUGGAGGCUGCUAUUCAAUACAAAGCGCUCAAGAAAUAUAUCGGCAAGGUUGUGCAUGAGUUGGAGUUCUUGGGUCUUUCCAAGUCCGACUUGAAGCUUUUGCUAGAUGAUGAAACCACCAAGCGGACGGUGGAGUUAAAUGACGAAGAAACGGUGCCAACCAAUCCUAUUGUUGCCGAGUAUUCGCUCAAAAAGCUGAGAAACUCUGAAGAUAUCGUGGCAUACUUGAAGAUCACCUUGAAUGAUACUGAGAAAACGUAUAACGAAAACCAUAUCCAGGAGCUAGCGGACCAGAUUCGGGCCCGGAUUGACAAGGCGACAUCCACCGAUGAAGAGGACCAUCAUAUUGUGGAGAUCAAAGAGGAAGAUGACCGUUUAGUGUUGUCUCCAACUACAUCUCGAAAGGAAGAGAUGGUGACGGUGCAGAACAACAACGAGAUCAUUAUCAUGCUCAAGUCAGACACCAAAUUCUUCAAGAUGCUAAACUCUGAGCUUGGAAAUCUUGAUAGCAUUCGGAACCAGGAGGAGAAGUCGUUGAUCGACCACAUUGAGCAGAUCAGUGAUGUAGUGCUGUCUCUUUCACAUAAAAAAACUGAUAUGUACAAGUGGAGAGAGCUAUUUCGGAUUUAUCUUGACUCGGAGGUAUUCUUCAGGUACAACGAGACGACGCUGUUGCAGCUGCAGCGGAGCUCGGAGCAGAUCAGAGCCAAUCUCGAUGAAUUCAUGGGCCGUGUCCAGAAAUCUAACGUCGUUAAUACUCUUGACAAGAAGAGGUCGGUGACUGCCUUCAGUGAGUUUGUUGAGCUCAAUGAGCGACUUUUAAAGAUCCUUCUGUUCCAGGCCAUCAACAGCACAGCGUUGAGAAAGAUCUUGAAGAAAUUCGACAAGCAAACGGCGUUGAAUAUCUCAGCUAAGUUCCCAGACCUCAUUUCAAAAGAUCAUAUCUUUAUCACUGGGUCAUCGUUAGCACAGUCCAUCUGCUUUGUGAUGCAGAACAAGCUUCUCACGCUCAUUCCCCAGAUCGACGACUACACAUGUGCAAUUUGCAUGUCCAUUGCAUUCAAGCCUAUUCGGCUUGAGUGUGGCCACUUUUUCUGUGUUAGAUGCUUGGUGAAGUUGAAACAGCGUCACAAGUUGGACUGUCCGUUCUGUCGUGCUAAAAAUGCCGUUGUCAAUGCAGAUUCCAGCAAUUUGGACACGGAAACCAUGGCAAUGAUGCAGAAAUACUUUCCGAGGGAGGUCAAGGAGAAGUUGAAGGAGGUGGAUCGUGAGAAGUUUGGAGAUGUCCACAACAAGCAGUGCACUAUUUCUUAA